AGGAGGCAGCACAGCCCUCCUCUGAAGACACCUUAAAUGUGCUUUGUGUGUGCUUCCAUUUGUAUGACUGCAGCAAGGAGAAGUCAGGAUGAUGAAGGUCCAUCAUGUACUCCUCCUCAUCUGCACAGCUGGGCUGGCCCUGUGCUAUGAAGAUGAGAGUCGCCUUGUUGAGGACUUGUUCAGGGACUACAACAAGGUGGUGCGCCCAGUGGAGGACCAUCGGGAUGCUGUUGUCGUCACCGUUGGACUGCAGCUCAUUCAGCUUAUUAGCGUGGAUGAAGUAAAUCAGAUUGUGACAACCAAUGUACGCCUGAAACAGCAAUGGACAGAUGUCAACCUCAAGUGGAAUCCAGAUGACUAUGGCGGCGUGAAAAAAAUCCGCAUCCCCUCAGAUGAUAUCUGGCGGCCAGACCUUGUUCUUUACAACAACGCAGAUGGUGAUUUUGCCAUCGUUAAAUACACCAAAGUCCUUCUGGAGCACACAGGCCGGAUCACCUGGACACCACCAGCUAUUUUUAAAAGUUACUGCGAAAUUAUAGUUACAUACUUCCCAUUUGACCAGCAGAAUUGCAGUAUGAAGUUAGGAACUUGGACGUAUGAUGGCACAAUGGUUGUUAUUAACCCGGAGAGUGACCGCCCAGAUAUGAGUAACUUCAUGGAGAGUGGAGAGUGGGUGAUGAAGGACUACCGCGGCUGGAAGCACUGGGUUUAUUAUGCUUGCUGCCCUGACACCCCCUACCUGGAUAUCACCUACCACUUUCUCAUGCAGCGUCUGCCUCUCUACUUCAUCAUGAAUGUCAUCAUUCCCUGCCUGCUCUUCUCCUUUUUAACUGGGUUCGUUUUUUACCUACCCACAGACUCAGGUGAGAAAAUGACUCUCAGCAUCUCUGUCCUGCUGUCUUUGACUGUGUUCCUUCUGGUCAUUGUGGAGCUGAUUCCCUCCACCUCCAGUGCAGUGCCUCUGAUAGGAAAAUAUAUGUUGUUUACGAUGGUGUUUGUCAUCGCUUCAAUCAUCAUCACAGUCAUCGUCAUCAACACCCACCACCGCUCCCCAAGCACUCACACCAUGCCGCACUGGGUCAGGAAGAUCUUUAUUGACACAAUCCCAAACAUCAUGUUUUUCUCUACAAUGAAACGACCGUCCAGGGAUAAACAAGACAAAAAUAUUUUUGCAGAAGAUAUUGAUAUUUCUGAAAUUUCUGGGAAGCCAGAUUCUGUGCCUGUCAACUUCUACUCCCCGCUUACCAAAAAUCCAGAUGUGAAAAAUGCUAUAGAGGGAAUCAAAUACAUUGCGGAAACGAUGAAAUCAGACCAAGAAGCCAGUCAUGCUGCAGAAGAGUGGAAGUUUGUUGCGAUGGUGCUUGAUCAUGUUCUUCUUGGCAUAUUUAUGCUAGUUUGUAUUAUAGGAACACUAGCUGUAUUUGCUGGUCGCCUUAUUGAAUUAAAUCAGCAAGGAUGAACAUCAGCUGGAAACUAUUUGCUGCCCUGGUCAGCAUCUGAAAGCAUCUUAACCAUCAAAACCUGGCCAGCCUCCGAAAGUUUCACAGACAGGAAUCUGUUCCUUCUGGGAAAGAGCAGAGAUAAUAAAAUGGAAGGCUCCAUACUUAACACUUCUGAGCUGCUGCUUUGUGGCAUUUCAUGGCCAAAAAGAAACACUUGUGUUAGAAACACUUGGUAUACUAAAGGCUGUCAACCAGGUUUUGACCGAUUUACCAUUUAUUGCAAAUGUUAAUGUAUUAAUAAGACUGUCUGACUUUGUAACCCACAGCUACAACUCCAGUGAAAUCAAUAGCAGUGUAAUAAGCUUUAGCUGAGCUGUAAAUCUGUAUCCAACUUUAGCAUUCAAUAUGGUUUCAAUAUCUGCUCUGUGGUUUUUGUAUUGGCAGUCACAAAUGACUCCACUUGUAACACUAGAUGUAAACGGCAGAAAUAUCUCAAACUCCAUGCUUAAGCACUUGAAUUUUAUGCACAAAUAUGAAAUAACUGACUGUCAUAUGUGAGACUACCUGUGGGAAUUCUUGAUGCAGAGAAGAGGAGGGAAUGUUCCUUACUGUGGGAAGGAUCUGGUCUCAGCUAACUGGGUCCCACAGGUAUUUUUUGCUAGUAAGUCCUAUGGAAAAGGGAGAGGAGGAUUUUUUUUUUUUGCCUUGUUUAAUCACCAAACCAUGCUCUGUGACCAUCAGAUAUCCCAAUGGCAGUUGCUGCCCCCUUAUUUUUACCUGCUAAUACUCAUUAAGAAGACCCACAUUUGCUAUGUAUUAAUGCUGAAGAUUCUCAGUUGUCCACAAGAUAUUCUGCAAUUGCACUCGAAGUGAAAAGUUUAGGGCAGAGGUGAAAGGAUGGUAUCCAUAAGAUAACCUCUGUGCUCAGCCUACUCUGCUCCAGGAAAACUGGAUUCCACUAUCCAUUUUGGCUAAACUAUCCAGUUUGGCUAAAGCUUCAAACUUGGAGGUGCUCAGUAUGACAUCUUAAACAUCGUUCUCUCUGUUCCCUGAAAACUGUCUCCUGCCCUGCUGAAAUUGAUCAUGAGCAUUGAAGUCAGACACAGCAUUACAAACACCAUUCCCAGGAAAAGUAUGGAUCUCAGUUUUGCUUACACAUGACAAAACAACAGGACACAUCCCACUCUGAGCAACACAGAUAAUUCAACCCAGACUUCAUUCAAAUGUUGGUCAGCAGCUCACUCUAGUGGUUAAAACAAAGUAGUACUGCUUUUGGCCACAGACAACUGGGUUUUGGUAAAUAUUUAAUGUGAGCAACAAGCUUAUAUGUGUUUCAGUAAAACAGAGCAGAAAUACUAGGAGUGCUGUCUGUUUUUCUCAAAAAUAAAAAAGGAGAGGUGGAGCAACUGGUACAAGUCAUCUUUCCCAGCUGGUGGUUCACGCCAAUAGGACUACUUUGCAAACAGCUGUAAAUAACUUGCUGUGAGUUUAAUAAAAUAAUUUGUAUUAUGUUAAUACUUUACAGGAAUGUGUCAUGUCUGCAGAGGACAGGCAUUUUAAAUGCUAUAUAGAGAAAAUCAGGCACUUUUGCAAUACUUCCUGCAUUGCAUAGCAUCUGCUGGACAAUGUUUUGGUGAGCUGCAGCCCUAAGCAAAGCAAACGGAUUGUCUGGGGCAAUCAAUCACUUGUAACACUUUGCUCAGCUCUAACAGUUUAGAUGAUGGUAAUCUUUGCCUCCCUGGAUGAUCAUUAACCCCAUAAAUGAUAUAUGCUGCACGACAUCUCUGCU